AUGGCCUCGACGACCACUUCCAAGUCGGCCAACCUGUUCCAGGUCUACCUUCGCCUUCGCCCACCGCCGGCUGGGUCUGCGAAUUCUGAAAGCUUUUUGACUGUGGAAUCCGAGGAGGGUCGGCCUCCGACACAUAUUAUCCUGAAUCCGCCCAACGACCGGAAGCGUUCCACAGAGAAGUUCGCCUUCACCCAGGUGUUUGAGGAAGAUGCCUCCCAGCUUGACGUAUUCCAAUGCACCGGCGUCGCGCCCUUGAUUGAGGGAGUCUUGGCGCCUCAUGGGGGCGAGGGUAGUGAUGCCUUGCUGGCGACUCUGGGAGUCACGGGAUCUGGCAAGACGCAUACCAUCCUAGGAUCGCGGACCCAGCGCGGCAUGACACAGAUGACUCUCGACGUCCUCUUCCGUUCCAUCGGCUACAACAUGCUGGAUAUGCGUGCCCAAUUCGAGCUCGACUCCUCCCUUCGAACCUCCGACGUCUCCGACGGCUCCCUCAUGUCUGCGCCGACUUUCCUCGAGACUAUCUACUCCGAUUUUGCCGGCCCAUCCCGAGCAGGCUCCCGAGCGGCCACCCCCAUGCUUGUAGGAACCCCUAGAGAAGUCCCCGCUACCCCUCCUGCACCUAGGUAUUACCCAUCUGGGCCAGGCCCCAAAAGCGUGCGCGUAGUUCCGCCCACGCCCACACUCCUUCAGCGGUGCCGGCCGUUACCCUCUGCUGCCCUUCUGCCCAAAACACCGCCUAAGCGGGCGGUUGACCCAGGAAAACACUUCAUGACUAUGACCAAGGCAUAUAAGAAGAAGAAGACCCCAGCUAAAACUCCAGCCAAGGCCGACCUUCACCAUCCUCCCGCGACCCCGAGACGCGCUCUGCAACGCGCGUCCUCAGUUCCCCAACUACCCGAUGUCAGGGGCGUCAACGUAUCCUCCGACCCCUCUGCCGAAUACGCCGUCGUCCUGUCCAUGUACGAAGUCUACAACGACAAGAUUUACGAUCUACUCUCGCCCCCCAUCCGAUCGAACGCGACGAAAGAAUACCGGCGGCGCCCCCUACUUUUCAAAUCUACCGAACAGUGUACUGACAGGAAGGUGGUGGCCGGACUGCGGAAGAUCGUGUGCCAGACCUUGCGAGAGGCCAUCAUGGUCCUUGAGGCGGGUCUGCACGAGCGGCAGGUAGCGGGGACUGGAAGUAACAGUGUGUCAUCGCGGAGCCACGGUUUUUUCUGCAUAGAGGUCAAGAAGCGGACGCGCAACCGGCGGUCCAGUUCCUGGACCACCAGUACUUUCACUAUUGUCGACCUGGCAGGAAGCGAACGGGCUCGCGACGCGAAGACCCAAGGCAGUACAUUGGCCGAAGCUGGCAAGAUUAACGAGAGUCUCAUGUAUCUAGGGCAGUGCCUUCAGGCGCAGAGCGGCUCCGGUAACUCGAGCAAGCCCAGCGUCAUGCCUUUCCGCCAAUGCAAAAUGACGGAACUCCUUUUCAGCAACUCUUUCUCUACCACCUCGUCAUCGUACACGGCGAGCGUAGUCCCUAGACGAAACGCCCAACGAGGCGUCAUGAUUGUCACGGCAGAUCCCCAUGGCGACGUCAAUGCCACAUCGCAAAUCCUUCGAUAUAGCGCCCUGGCGCGAGAAGUCACAAUACCACGCAUCCCCAGCAUCACCUCAACCCUACUCGCCGACACACCUCAUUCCGGCCCACCCUCGAGCCACGUCUCACACCAUCCAAGCUCACAUACAAGACCCUAUGCCCCCCAACACGCGGGGUCUCAUCGUGACAUCUCCGCGAGCAGCCACGGCGAUGGUGAUAGAGUCAUCAUGGAGCACGCGGCUCUCGAGAUUGCACGGAUGCAAGACGACAUCAACACCCUGCACGCCGAGCUGGACCGGGAACGCGACGCCAGGGUCACGGCCGAAGCGCACCUCCUCAGCAUGGAAGACCGCAUGCUGGAGCUGGAGCAGAUCAUCCGGGAGGACUGCGCGGCCGAGUACGAAGCGCGAUUCGACCUGGAGGUGGCGCGGUGGAAGGCCAGCAUGGCGGUGCAGCAGGAGCACAGCGAGGAGCACUGGGACCGCAAGAUGGAGUUGUUCGAGCGAGGCCUGGGCGGCGCUGCUUCCACGGACGAGGGAGACGGCUCGGCCGAUGAUGACGACUACGAUAAGGAGAACCUCCUGGUCGAGAACCUGGAGGAGGAGAACGAGAGGCUGCGUCGAGAACUGGCGGUGCUGAAGCGCGAGCUUGGCGCGCGGAGCCCGACCCGGCGGAUGCCGCUUCACGAACGGGAUGAUUACUCGGGAGGCCGGAGCAACACUGAUGUAUACGGCGGUUAUGGUGGCGGAGGCGCGGCGCUGGGUAGUCUGGGACAGAAGAUGGAGCAGCUCCGCGUUAGCAACGGCAGCACGGCUUCGAGUCCGGUGAAUGCCAACUCCGCCGCCGCCAACACCACCACCAUCACCACUGCUACUGCUACGGGGAGCCCCAAGAAGAUGCGAAAGCUUGUCACGAAACGUUGGGAUGAUGCGGGGGAUGACUUGUCAUGA